CAGACGAGGAGGUUGUGUCGCACCGCGUCGCAAAUACAUCGCGAUCUCCGCAAACUAUAAACAAUUUGCCGACCAUGUUAUGAUUGCGAAACUAUUAUUUAUAAAAUGAGUUUUAUAUGAAUUGGAAUGGGAAUGAGUGUGUUUUUUCGAGUGUUAUUGUAAACUAUGUCGUGUAAAGUGCGAAGUGACGUUAAUCAGUAGAUAGUAGUGUCAAGCAUGACCGCGGGUCCAAUUAAAAGACAUAAUAUCGGAUGGAACAAGUUCAAAUGUAUAGUGUUUUUGCAUCUAGUCUUCUGUUUUCCUUGUGUGAUAAAAGCUCAAAGUCGUGCUCCACGUAUAAAGGAGCACCCAGCUGACACAAUAGUAGGUAGGAGUGAGCCAGCCACUCUUCGCUGCGUGUCUGAAGGGAAGCCCAAACCCUCAAUCCAGUGGUACAAAGAUGGGUCCCCUCUUGCUCCUACUGACCACCCCCAUAGAGUACUCCUUGAAGAUGGACUACUGUUCCUCAGGGUUAUGCGAGGAAAGAAAGAAAACGACGAGGGAGUGUACUGGUGCGUCGCACGCAACUCAGUCGGCGAGGCGGUCAGUAAGAACGCCACACUCACAAUCGCUGUUCUACGUGACGACUUCAGAGUUGAACCACGAGAUGUGAAAGUAGCCAGUGGUGAACCAGCCACGCUAGAAUGCUCCGCUCCUAAAGGCGUUCCCGACCCGGGCGUGCACUGGACGAAGGACGGACAAACUUUAGAUGUAGAAGUUAACGGGAGAAUUAUGAUAGUAAAUGGCGGUGAUCUCAAAAUAUUAGAAAGUCUUCCAGGAGACAGUGGUGUGUAUAGAUGUGUAGCUUCAAAUGUUGCUGGAGAAAGACAAUCCCGUCCUGCAACAUUACUCGUGUUACGUAGACCACAUUUUCUUGUGAAACCUAAUAACAUAACGGCAUUGAUAGGCCAGAACGUUGAGUUUCAUUGUCAGGCAUCACCAGAAUCAGACGUGUCAGUAACGUGGUCGCGAGACAAUGGCUCAUUAUCGCCAUACGCAAUCAUUCGUCGAGGGUCUCUGAGAAUAGAUCGUGUUGUUGCUACUGAUGCCGGAAUUUAUACAUGUAGAGCUGAAAGCCAAGCAGGGAGUAGUGCCGCAUCGGCUACAUUGACUGUUCAUUCAUUACCUCAUUUCACCCGAGUGCCUUCUGAUCAAACUGCGUGGGAAGGAGAGGCUAUAUCAUUUCAGUGUGAAGCUGAUGGUACACCGCCUCCUGUAGUAUUCUGGACUAUGGAAGGAUCUCAGGAGUUAGUGUUCCCGAAAUCAGCCCACGGUACUGGGUCCUUGUAUUUAGAUAUAGUAACUACCCAACAUGCUGGCAGAUUAACGUGUGUCGCUGUUAGUGCAGCUGGAAGUGCGAUGCAUACUGCAACAUUGCAAGUAUUACGAAGAGAAGCUAAUUCAUUUAAUGGAGACUUAGAAUCUUCUUCUCCAUAUCCCGAGUUGACGAAGCAUCAGAGUCAUCCACCAAUGACACAGUAUGAAUUAGUUCAAGCUCGUCGGUAUUUACAACAAGAUGUUUUAGUUUUGAGGAGAGUAGAAGGUCUAUCUGCUACUACAGUCAAAAUCGUUUGGGAUGUGUUGACAGAUUACAACGAAUAUUUAGAAGGAGUAAAAAUAUGGUUCAACGGUACCUCAAUGAAUAGACAAUACGUAUUAGAAGAAGACUACCAGCAUUCCAAUUUAUCAUACAAAGAGAGUCUAGCUGAUUUUAGAAGAUAUGAAAACUUUUCAAUGACCACUGUCCACAACAGUGGUUCAUCUAGUCAUAUUUUAACUGGUCUAUUGCCAUAUGCUCAAUACGAUGUCUUUUUAAUGCCAUUUUAUAAACUGUUGUUGGGUAAACCGUCUAAUUUGAAAAGUGGUUUUACUGAAGAAGAUGUUCCGACGGAGCCACCGCAAAGCGUCACGGCGGGAGUGAUAAAUGCGACGUCAGCGUGGAUUCGGUGGGAUCCACCGCCCCCGCACACAUGGAACGGCGAACUUUCCGGUUAUUUGAUUGAAGUUCGAGUAGGCGGUAGUACUGGUGGUCGUGUAGUUGGUCAGAUGUCAUUAGGUGCUCGCACGCGAGCUGCUGCAGCAAGUUCACUGCGCGCUGGUGGUCGGUACAGUGCGCGUGCGGCGGCAGUUACACGCCGUGGACACGGUCCAUUUAGCGCGCCUGCUCAAAUACACAUGCUGCCUACUCAAACACAGAGACAUUAUGUACAAACUGAACCAUCGACGGACAAGGCGAUAGUGUCAAUGUUCCAGGAAACUUGGCUGCUGGCAUUAUGUCUAACUUUGUUAGUGUUAGUACUAGUCGGCACUGGAGUCAUUGUUUAUAUACGGAUAAAGCAGACUAAGCAAAGGAAAAGCCAGAACACAACUGGAACUGCUAUAGUUAAUGCUCAACAAUGUCUACUAGGCAAGGAAGCUGUUUGGUUAAGAGAAAGGCCAAUGUUUGAAGGAUCAAACGAACCUAGGAUAGAAAUUUUGAAUUGCCACCAAAGUCUUUUACAUGGUGGUCACUCAAUAGGCACAAUGGCUAUGGAAGCUGAGUACAGUCUUCCACAGCAUACAAAUGUUAUGAAUCCUAUACCAGAAGAAAGUCAAAUGCGAAGACACCAGCCAGAACCUUAUGCAUCCAGUGCCAUUUAUACUGAGUUAAAUUAUCAGGAUCAUACAGAUGCAGAAGACUCGUGUAUGAAAUGCGCUGUGAGUCCAGGUUCGUAUGACAACAGCAUGGUCAGAUCUUAUGGAGAAAGCAAUCAGUACUCUAAUGAAGAAUGCUCUACAUGCUGUCGAAGUAGCAGUUCCACUCUCACAAAGGACUACAGUGAAAUGACAAAAUGUGGGAAUGACGAUGAAAUGCAAGACAUGUCUAUAGAAGACUGUCCAUCGUGUAAAACAAACCAUUCUAGAUCCUCGAGUCAUCACGAUGGAAACAAAGAUUGGGCCAUGGCUGAGGUAGAAUAUGAUUACCCGCAGUGGCAUUGGUUGGGAAGAGAAAAUACUUUUAGACAACCUAAUCCAGAAGUGAGGUAUGCUACUGAAGGGAGGAGUGACCAGGAUUGCAGGAUGAACUUAUGUGAUAUUCUUCCACCACCGCCUUAUGAACGGGAAUCGCCAUAUCGAGAAAUGCACGCAUUUACAAAUCACUCAGGGACAUCAGGUUGUUCAGGUCAUACUUAUAGAAGUUAAUCGAAUUGUAAAUUAAUAUCACUAGGAUGUAAUACAAGCAAUAUUACUUUAUAGUGUGAAUUGUACAAAUGUAUAAAGGUCUUUGCAUUAUUAUGAUCAUUAAGAUAAAGUGGGAUACCUGUUACACUGUCGCGUAAUAUAAAAGGUGUAAAUAAUUAAUGUUCCACGUAAAAUAAUGGUUUCUGAGAGUGAAUGACCAGAAAACGCGUCGUGUUUAUGAAGCAUUCGUUUUUAUGAAACCAAUAUAUUUAAUAGCGCAUAAUUUUUUAACUAAUAUUCUAGAAAUCAACUUCUUCCUUUUCAAAAGUCCGGGAACGCGCCUGUGACUUCUCUGGUGUUGCGGGUGUCCUUGCGCGGCACGGAUCGCUUAUCAUCAGGUAAUCCGUCUGCUCAUUUGCCUACUAUUCCAUAAAAAAGGUUACAAGUUUACCAGUUUACCAGUUUGAGUACUUCAUAAAUGACUUCAGAAACCAGAUUUUAAAUAAAUAUUACAUAAAACAUUAUGAUUGACAAUUCAGAUUUAUUUUACACGUAAUCAACCUGUCCUAUGUGAUGUGGGCGUGUACUCCGUGUAGUUACGCGACGGUGUAAUAGAAGGCUUUCGAAGAUUGUAGUUCUUGUGGAUGUGUUUACAAAUAGACUGCUAUAUAACGUAAAGUAGGCAUUAGGAUUUCAUCUUUCUCUAGUGACUGUGAUAUAGUAUAAUUUCGUAUUCAAAUUUACGUUUUAUGUAAAUAUUUUAAAAUAUUUGAUAUCCUUAUACAAUUUUAUCAUUGACGUAUUUAUUGAGUGUAGCAAGUUAGGACUAAACAAUUUUUUAAACUGUAUAUUUUAAACAAUCACAGUUGUAUAUCAUUUUGUACUGAGACAGGAUUCCUAUACUGUUUUGGGACAUAAUCGUACUUUGUAAAACCAGCUUAAUUAAAACUGGAAGAAUUUUUA